AUGGACAGAAUGCAUGUGUUUGGUGUCAAUUGUGAUACUCGCUGCUCUCGUGCCUCACGUCGAGGUAGUCUGGUAUGUAUGGCUUCAUUCCUACCUUUCCUACAGUCGGGGCGCAAAGAAAGUCCUAACAGUUCUGUUGAUGACGAACCCGAAGAGCCAAAGCUUACAAUCUUAACCAAACAACACAAGAAUGCAAUCAGAUCCUUACGAAAGAUUAAAUAUUUCGUCGCCCGAAGAAAAUUCAAAGAAGCGCUUAAGCCGUACGACGUGAAGGACGUGAUCGAGCAGUACUCGGCCGGACACGUCGACCUCUUGGCCAGAGUCAAGAAUGUCCAGCAGAGAUUGGAUGUGAUUUUAGGGAAAGUCGGUUCAAAAGCCAAAGAUGUAUACGAAUCUAAGAUAAGUGUGGCCUCGAGGAUAGUCAAAGUGGAAAGAUCUGUGGAGGACAUUGAGAACAAAAUCGAUCAGUUGAUGGAAAUGUAUUUGGAAGACAGGGCCAGAAUGAGCGCAAUGGCCUUAUCCGGGUCAGCCGGGUCAGGACAAGUGCCACUAUUACCACAUAUCUCGUCCACAUUACCUAACCAUUCGCCUCCACCGCCACCGCCGAGUACUCCGGUGUUGCCAUCGUUUCCAAACGGCUCAUUAUCUCCAUUAUCAUCGCUGGCAAAGCCAAAGCCAAUACUCAUUGAUAAGCAAUCAUCAGAACCUAAUACUCCGAUCGCCAGGAGUAUCGAGAAGCAGAUCCAAAGGGGGAACUCCGACUUAAGUCAGAGGUUUGUGAAAAAGCGGGUGACUCUGAGGCACUCGUUAGACACUGCGGUCAACCGGUGCUCCAGUGCUGGCACUCAACGAACUGUAAGCGAAGCCCAUAGGAGUGCCAGAAGUGACUCUUCAAUCAUUGGCGGCAUAAUGUUGUCGUCGGCCACGGCCUCCGCACCAGCAAUAAAGUUGGAGACAGAUAUGGACGCGAGUCAUACGAAUGCACAAAACGAUUCGCGAGUCACUCUGUCUUCGGCCGACUCGGUCGACAGGGAAAUGGUGUCCGAGUCGUCCACUUUGGGCACAGAACUCGAGUCCCUGUGCGUUAGCGAUGAGAUCGCUUCUGUUAUGGGCAGAGAGUCGUCCGACUUUGACUACAUCGACGACAUACCCAUGAGCUCAACCGUCAGCCGCAAGAGUAGCCAAGAGAGCUAUACUACCAGUGCUCGCGAACAAUACGAUCGACUUUUAAUACCGGAAAUACCGGAUACGGGCAACGAAUCUGACUGUGAAUUAAGUCAGACAACUGUCAUUCACGCAGAAACACAAUCAUUGCUGAGUCCCAUAAGCGGAACUCCACCAGAAACCACUAAAUUGCACCCCAAAUACCACCACCACCCACAUCAUAGUCACCAUCAUGCACACCAUCACUACAAGUCAUCACAUCAUCCAGACAAUUUAUAGCUAUCCUAGAAUUAUUCAAUUCAACUA